UCUAUCAUUGAUUGUUAAUAUUAAUUAAAUAAUUAAAAAAAAAAACUUCUUUGUUGAUAAAUUUUCUAUAUAGAUUAUAUAUAUAUAUUAAGUGAAAUUUACAUAGAAAUAGUGUUGACUAAUGAAAAUAAUAUUAUAAUUAACAUGAAUAGUUGACAUAAAUAUGAAUUUAACAUAUAAAAAUGAUGAUAAAACGAAAAAGAAAAAGAAAAAGAAAAAGAAAAAGAAAAAGAAAAAAUUCAUGAUAAAUAUUUUAGGUGGAUAUAUGGUCACUUGGUAUAACAUCAAUUGAAUUAGCAAAAGGUGAACCACCUAAUUCAGAUUUACAUCCAAUGCGUGUUUUAUUACAAAUUCCAAAAAAUCCUCCACCACAAUUACCUGCAAAAGAUUAUUCCGAUGCUUUUAGAGAAUUUGUUGAAGCUUGUUUACA